UAUCUUAUGUCGCAGAAACUUGAACCUCUUCAAGCGAAAACCAACAAGUUGGCACAAGGACGGGGCAGUGAAAACAGCACUUCAGUUGAUCAUAGAGAAGACAGAGGUAAUGAAGAUACGCAAUCAACAAAAGCAACAACAACAACAACAACAAGCACCAAUCACCAUCAACCGGAGAAACAUUAGGGAAGUUAUCUCUUUCACCUACCUCCUCAACUAUCUAGGCAGCAUUGUCUCAACUACAGGUGGCACAGGCACAGAUGACGACGCCAAAGUCGGCAUCGGAAAGACGGAAAGACAGGUCUUCCUUCAUCAUUCUGAAAUCAGUGUGGAGAUCUACUGCACUGCACCCACCAUAAAGCGUGAACAACAUCAGGAUUUUCAACAAUUAUUCAGUCAAGUAAGUCAGUGCUUCCACGUGAUGGUUGAGAGAAUUGGCGUAUUACGGAAAGCAUUUCCAACAAACUAUAGACAUUCAUCAACAGCUGCCACCUACGCUCACUCGAUACUGAAGAUCAGAUAGAUGACCAGAAUAAUGAGAAUAAGCAACGAGGAACUCUAGCUGACUGGCAACAAACCAAUCAACAACCCAUCGCCCAACAAAUAUGCAGAAGGAAGUGGAGAUGGAUUGGAAUGGACAUACACUGAGAAGACCAUUUGAGGACAUCAUGCACCAGGCCAAGCCAUCUAGUGGAACCCAAAGUGGAGACGACAGGUUGGGCGUCCGAGGUGAGGGUGACAUGGAGGAGAUCAUGUGAGAAAGAAAUGAAUGCUUGUGGGUAGUCAUGGAGCCAGGUUUAAAACACUGCGGAGAACAGAGUGAAAUGGAGAUGUGCUACUGAAGCCCUAUGUACGACUACGAACACAAGGGACAAAUAGUAAAAAAGUAUUCAUGAAAGGAUAACUUACGCAAUCCACAUAUACCAAAGAGCAUAUGAACCCAAAAUUAUCAAAAAUACAAUACAGAAGGUUAGGUUAUACUUUAAA